AUGUGUUUGUGGCUUUUGACAGCAUGCAUAAGUUUUCUCCCCACAAGCCCAUCGUCAACUAAUAUUGUAGUAAUACAAGGGGUACCAGCGCCAAUCGUUGUGCCGACUGCAGCCUCUACUAUGGCUCCAACUGUAGCUUCUACAAUGUCAUCAACAUCUACCCCUGCUACAACAAUGGCGUCAUCACCUGCUACAACAAUGGCGUCUUCUGCUGCAUCAACAAUGUCGUCUUCUCCUGCCACCAGUGCUCCUACAACCACUCCUACGCAAGUACCAAAUAAUAGCACGGCAGUAAAAUUUCCCCGAGAUAAAAGAAGCGCAGAUUUGACAGGUUUCUUUAAAAGUACUGAUUCUAAGCAUGCAGGUCACACAAUUAAAAAAAGAGAAAGCUGUAAGUGUGUAUCAACUGGUACCUGCAUCCGGCCUGGAACUGGAAUAGACAUAAGAAUAGUCACUCCGGAUACCAAUGUAAGCCAAUGCCCUGCUGGGCAAGAAUACUGUUGUACUGAUCCAACAACGCAGCUAACAUGUGGCACGCUGCAAACAGUCCCAGAAGUUAACGCUACUGCAUCAGCUGGACAAGCUAAUUAUGGCGAAUUCCCAUGGCAGGCUCUUGUAUUAACGAAGCAAAAUAACUAUUUAGCAGGAGGUGUUCUAAUCGAUCGGUUCAACGUCUUGACAGUUACGCACAGGCUCGUAAAAUAUGUGAUUUUAGACAAUGCUCCAGACGUAAAAGUGCGGCUUGGUGAAUGGGACGCUGAAGGGAGCUACGAACCUAUUCCCUUCAAAGAGUUUAAUGUGUCGAAGGUGUUUACUCACCCCUUGUACAACGAAAGCUCCCUUCAAUUCGACAUCACAGUGCUUCGCCUGGAAAGCCCUGUGCCACUACCUCCAGCUAAAGAUUCUGUAUCUACGAUCAAUACAGCAUGCCUGCCUCCAACAAUGAAUAGUAGCUAUGUUGGUCAAAGGUGUAUGGUAGCAGGAUGGGGCAAGAACAUGUUUGGUGUGCAAGGCAUGUAUCAGCAAAUACUUAAAAAGGUGGAUGUGCCUAUCGUCGCCUCUGCCACAUGCCAGACGCAACUACGAACUGCCCGGCUCGGUGCCAAUUUUGUGCUGGACACGACCUCUUUCAUCUGUGCUGGUGAUCAGGCUAACAAGGAUUCUUGUACGGGGGACGGAGGUUCAGGAUUGGUGUGCCAAGUGAACGGGCAGUGGGUGGUGGUGGGCCUGGUGGCGUGGGGCCUGGGCUGCGCCAGCGCAAACGUGCCCGGCGUCUACGCCAACGUCGCCGGCCUGUUGCCAUGGAUACAACAACAAAUAGAUGCUGCGUGACUUCUUUUGAACAAACUACUAUGAGUGCUCAGUAGCACUUUUGAAACUGUCAAAAGCAACUGUUUGUCAGUACAAAGUGAUUGAAAUCAAAAUUAAAUAAAAAAA